AUGUCAGUGAAGGAGACCAUCAUCGCUCUGCCACUCAUGGUGGGGUCGGUGCUGGACGUCGACAGCGACAUCACGGCGACAAGCGCGAUCUCCGUGUUUGACGAUCGCGCCCUGCUCAUUGGCACCAGUGAAGGCAGCCUCCUGCUCUGCGCUCCAGUGAAUGCGGGUGCACACGUGCUGACGCCGCAUUCUGACACGACGCUGCACUGCGGGGCUAUCUACGAUCUCGCCGUCAGCUCAAACCAUCUUGUCGCAACGGCUGGCCACGACGCCGUCAGCUGCGUCUUUUCUCUGCACACCCUCUAUCGCGACAGUGGGGUUACGCAGUGUCGGCGGAUCACAGGGCACACUGUCCCCGUCGUCGCAGUCCGAUUCCUCUCUGAUGGGACAUCUUUCGUGACUCUUGGGGCUGACGGACGUGUGCUCGUGGUCGAGGCGCACAGUGGAGACAUCUUGGCAUCCUUAUUAUGCGGCUUCGCUGCGACUUGCUUGGUGUGCUCACUGGAUGAGACGCAGCUGUUCGUUGGCGGCCGCUCCCUCGCGUCCAUCGACCUUCACCAAGCGAUGCGGCCGAUGUCUUUGCAGUCCGUCAGUGCCGCAGCCUCUGGACCUGAUCCAUGGGCAUCUCUCUCGAGCGCCGCCGCAGCAUCCGGUGCCGCAGCUUCUCUUCGCACCCCAGCGUGGUUGCGACUGUAUGCGUGGGAGGAGAAGUCUGAAGCAACGGCUGGCGCAUCACGACGGCAGUUCCGCACACCUCCCCACACGUUGAUCCGCUCGCUGGGCGUGGACCCAUGUGACGGUGCCUUGACUGCUAUAUUUGUGCGUCACACGGGAGGCACCUCAUCUGUGGAGGUCUGCGGCAGCGCGCGGUGGGCCGCCACAGGCGGCAGAACGGCGUCCGAGGCGACGUGGGCCCCCCAGGCCUUGCGAGGUGUCUCCGCUGCACUACACUAUCACAUGUCGAGGGACCGCUCUACGGGUGUAGCUUCUGGGAAGCUUCGGGUACGGUGCCGGGUAAAGGCAUCCACCCGCCCGUCCACGAAGCAGACUCCUGCGCCGCCAGGAUCCUUCCCGUCCACUGCGGCAGCGCUCUGGAACGGUCGCUGGUACGCCUCCCCAUUUCAGCUGGCAGGUGACAUCCCUCGACUCACCGUAUCUCACGGCCUUGCUGAGACUUCAGUUUUCGCGGCCGAGAAGAGCAACCAAUACGGCUUCCCAUCGGCAGGCCCUCGUACCUCAGGCGAAGAGCUGCUCAUUGCCCAGGCGCAAUGCGACGAGCUGCAGCGCGAGUGCGACGCACUGGUCUUUCAGAUUAAGAGUCUUCUCGCUCACAGGGCACUGAUCUGA